AUGCCCUCUACCACUCAUCAGACUCGUGGCCAGCCCUCUGUCCUAUCCGUGUCACCAUCCCUACCUCAAGAAGAACCAGGAACCCCUCCUGCUGCUGUUCAAGACCAGCCCACACUCAUCCCUUACGAGACUCAACCUGAUUCAAUGGGUCUCUUCCGCAUAUACACGCAACGUCCCACUUUGAUACCAGUCAGAAAUGAAGGGCUGGAUGCCAUUGCCGAUGCUCCGACCUUUGAAACUCGAGGUAACACUCAUUUGGAGCAAUCCCUGAUCGUUCCUGGACUUCCCUCCCCAGAUAUCUGGCCUGACAAAAUUUUCUCCGCAUUCAGUAGCCCAACAGCAGGCCUCCUCUUUUGCUGGCAAUACUCUGGAUCCAAUUCAAAGUCGAAUGCUGAAAUGAAACACCUUGGAUGGGAUUUUCUUGACGACGACAAUUACCGGAGGGAAGAUGCACGAGUGUAUGACACUGUUCGUGAGAAGAGGCUUAUACAGGACUAUCUUAAGGACAGAUCUAAUCCAUUCCACAUGGAGAAUGGCUGGCACUGCUCUUCGGUCAAAAUUCGUCUGCCUAAAGAAAAGGAGAGGUUUGCGUCAGAAGAGGAUGCUCCAGAAAUGGAGAUUCCAGGCGUUUAUCACCGCUCGCUCACUGACAUCAUCACAGCCGUCUUCCAGGAUAGUAUUUCAUGUACAUUCCACAUGACACCUUUCCAACAGCAAUGGAAAGUGUCAGAGGAGCGCACAGUAAAUGUUUACAGCGAGGUGUAUUCUUCGCCUGCCUUUCUGGCAGCCUACAAAGAGAUCAAUUCUCUUUCUUGA